AUGAUCAAGGCAAUUGCAUGCGUUUGUGUUUUUGUGGUCGUAUGCUCGGCCCAACGACCCUAUCCUUUAGGGGUGGCCCCACAGGCGGCACUUCUGGUCGAUGAGGGACCGAAGCCCUACCAGUUUGGCUUCAAUGCCGCAGACGAAUACGGCACUCAAUGGAGUCGCCAAGAAGUAGCUGAUGGUAGUGGUGCUGUCAAAGGCUCGUACUCUUACCGGGACGCGGCCGGCAUAUUCAGGACUGUGGAGUACGUUGCAGAUGAUGUCCACGGAUUCCGUGCCAAUGUCCAGAGCAAUGAGCCGGGUCUGGUCAGCUCUGCGCCC